UGUAUAUUAUAAUGUUUAACUACCAUUCUGAACAGGAUUCAGUGUCCUGGUCUCCUCCCCCGAAUCAUUUCCCAAAAAUAAAUGCAAUCAUGCUGGAGUGAUAAAGUUUGCACAAACCCGAAGCACUCAACAAACAAGAGCAGUAGCAUAAUUCAGUGAAAGUCUUGCAGAGUAGCUGACACUUGAAGAUGGACAGAAAACAAACUUUCUCUGAUUUAUUUGAUUUGCUUAUUUCUCUAUUAAAUUAUUGAUCAUUAUGAGGAUAAGCGGCGUGAAGAGUUUGUUUCCAGUUUUGUCUGUCGCUGUGGUUUUUCUCUAUUUGAGCUCGGUGAAAUGGGAGAUAAAAACGCAAGAGGAGAAACUUCAGCAAGUCCAGCAGAACUUGUCAUUGCACAGCUCUCUUCUGCUCCACAAACUGGACAAACUGGAGGCUCAUUUGAUUGCUGUGGAAGAGAAACGCCUCAAUGUAAAAAGUGAGAAGAAACCAGCAAAGAAGCUAUUCCCAGAUUCAAAUCUCUUCAACAGAUGGAGUGUGGAGCUUUCAGAGGAUGAACAGAGGAAAGCUGAGGAUCUCUUUCAGAAAUAUGGAUAUAAUGCUUUCCUCAGUGAUCAACUGCCUCUGAACCGAGAGCUGCCGGACACUCGAGACCACAGAUGCAUUGAACGUGAAUAUCCUCCCGAUCUGCCCACCAUCAGUGUGGUGCUGAUUUAUCUGGACGAGGCUCUGUCUGUCAUUCAGAGAGCCAUUUGCAGCAUCAUCAACAAAACUCCAGCUCAUCUGCUGAAAGAGAUCAUACUGGUGGACGACCACAGCACUAACGAGGAUCUGCAGACGCAGCUGCAUGUUUACAUCAGCUCCAUCAAUGAGAAGCACCCAGGCCUGGUGAAGAUGGUGACCCAUCCAGAACAGAAAGGCCUCUCGCAGGCACGGAUCUCAGGCUGGAAGGCCGCCAGCGGGGACGUGGUCGCCAUUCUGGACGCCCACAUUGAGGUCCAUGUCAAAUGGGCGGAGCCUCUACUUGCACGUAUCCAGGCUGAUCGCACACUAGUCUUGAGUCCUGUGUUUGAUAAAAUUAAUUAUUAUGACCUGGAGGUAACUAAGUAUCUUGCCUCUGCUCAUGGUUUUGACUGGGCUCUCUGGUGUAUGUAUGUGACAUUCCCGCAGAAGUGGUACAAUCAAAACGACCCUUCGCUGCCAGGAAAGAGUCCCUCUGUAAUGGGAAUACUGGUGGUGGAUCGUCUGUUCUUCGGUGAGAUCGGGACUCUGGAUGAAGGGAUGCAGGUGUACGGAGGAGAGAAUGUUGAAUUGGGAAUACGGGUAAUUCAUCAUCAUACUACAGCUUUGAUCAUUUUACUAUAUUUACAUGCUGCACAAUGGUGGCGUUGUUCAUUGUUGACUUUUGGAUGCGUUUUGGUUCAGGUGUGGCUGUGUGGAGGGAGUGUAGAGAUUGUGCCCUGCUCCAAAAUUGCACACAUUGAAAGGGCGCACAAACCCUACAUGCCCGACCUGAGUAACGUCAUGAAGAGAAACGCCCUCAGAGUGGCAGAAGUUUGGAUGGACGAGUACAAGAAAAAUGUCUACAUGGCUUGGGGUCUUCCCAUGCAGAAUCAUGGGAUAGACAUUGGUGACUUAUCGGAGAGAAAGAAACUGAGAGAGAGGCUGAAAUGCAAACCGUUUAAAUGGUAUCUGGAAAAUGUCUAUACUGAGUUAAAUCCCAUGGAUGAUUUGCUUGGUUAUGGAGCGCUGAUUAAUGAUCUGCAAACAGGUUUAUGUUUGGACAAAGGGCCGUCAGAGGAGAACACUCCCAUUUUAUAUCCAUGCCAUUUCUUUUCUCCACAGCAAUUUUUCUAUACAACAAGUGGGGAGAUAUUAGUCGGUGCCCGUCAGUCUCUUUUACACAGCCGAAACCGCUGUCUAGUUGAUCCCGGUUCAGGACAAUAUCCAGAGUUUUCCUGGUGUUCAGACACUGUGAAACCAAAACACAUGUACUGGGACUUCAAACAGGGACAGGCCAUACAGAACAGAGACACCAAACGCUGUCUGGAGAUCAGUACCAAACAGAAAGGAGACUAUAAAAAUAACGUUUUCAUUCAGGAGUGCAGAAACCAACACUGGAGGAUACAACAUGUAAUUCAGGACUUUUAAGCACAAUAUAUAAUCAAUUGUUUGUAUAGAAAUGUGUAUGUAUAUAUAUUGAAUUCUCUCCUUAAAAACUAAAUAAGCAAUAAAUCUGGAAAGCAUUUGGUCAAGUUUUAGCUGUACUGCAGGGAAAAAGUGUGUACCCAAAGCAAUAUGAUGCUAUGUAAAUGUUUCCAAAAUGAAAACAAAGUCUAACGCUAAAGGUAAAGCAGCCUGGGUUGAACCAAAAGGUAAAUUUAAAUGAUAAAAUAUCAUACUGAAGCAAAAAGUCUUUCAAUUUUAACUGUAAGCCUGUGUGAAAAAGUAUUUGCCCCCUUAUUCCUCAAUCCAUAAAACCAGUUUCAUAUUGUGAAUACACCUGAUUACUGUCAGUAUUGAUUAAAUGCAACUUUAAUAAUGAAUAAUUUUUCUGAAGUCUGUGAAAAGAUAUCACAGAGUAUUUUACGAUAUAUACUGAGAAUAUGUUCCCCUUUUUUGUAUGUAUUUUGUUUCCUGUUCCAGUUUGCAGUCAUGUUUUUAGUUUCUUGCCUGGUUUAUUCACCCAUGAUAGGUAUCUGUUGUUAUUCCUUGUAUAUUAUAGAUUGUAUAUUUCCUGUGGUUUCGCAA